CUUAUCCGUAGCUAGAAAUUACCGGUGCUGACUGUCGAUCGUCUCAGCUUAGAGAAACCCUGCAUUGUGCCGCAAACCGCAUUGCCCCCGCGUCCUGCAGCGAACCGACAUAUGGAGGGCGUGCGGAGAGAAGGGCGUCGCUCACGUUUUAACCAGUAAUAAAAGCUUGGUCGAAUAUACCACAGUAUGCAGGGUGGCAGAUGAGGAGAAAGGAGGAGGAUAAGAAACCGGAAGAAUCCCUAAUCUCAGUUGCUUCAUGGAACUGUAACCCGCAUCCACGGUCCAUUCUCCCUAGUACUGCAAAGUUGGGUCCGUGUUCUUCUUUCACAAUGGCCAUCCUCAUCUCCGCAUUCCCCAGCGCGGCCAUUGGGAUCCUUCUCCUCUGGACCUUGUUCACACGCGUCCGCAACUGGUACCGCCUCCGCCACAUCCCCGGGCCUCCCGCCGCAGCAUGGAGCAAACUGUGGCUCGCGCAACGGCAAUACGGGGGUAAACUCCUCACACACCUUCGCGAGACUUCCAAGAAAUACGGUACUGAUAAUGGCCUUUCCCCUCCAUCUCUCCUUUCUUAGUCCUCGGGCUUCGCUCACCACACUCUCCGCUUAAUAGGCCCCGUAGCCCGCAUCGGCCCAGACUGGAUCCUCGUCUCAUCCACCUCGGAAAUCCGCCGCAUCUGGUCUGUACGCUCGGGCUACCGUCGCAGCUGGUGGUACGCGUAAGUGGAAAUGGUCUGUUUUG